CGUGCUCAUUUCGUAGCAAAAAAAUGAUUUCAGCGCAAGAUUGAUCUUCUUUACUUUUAUUAAUUAUUAAUUAUUUUCGAAUAUUAAAAUUAUAUAGUUUUAUAGCGGUCGCCCAUAACCAGAGCCACCCUCGGAUUUUCCAUUGCAAACACACAAUAUUAAAGAAACAGCGUCCUCAGAGGAUGGAGCAAGCAGUUCAGAGAUGGGCUGUAAAUAUAUCUGCAUGGAAUCCUUCCAACACAGAAUUCAAUUUUUGCGUAUCCCUUCUGCCCGCACACGAGCAUUCUGCCAUUACAGGGCUGUAAUGUUGGAAAAAUGAAAUCUGGAAUAUAGGGUUUGUAAUGCUUGAUAUACAAAGCAUAUUUGUAAAACUUGAAGAUAGGAAACGAGCUCUAGUCAGCCGGAUGCUUCAGUAUAUGCUUAUACAUGCAGUCCUUGGCAUUCCCUAUGAUGAAAUAGUUAUAAGACGCACAGAGGAAGGCAAGCCAUAUCUGGCAAAUAAACUGGAGAAUCAUGACUUUCCGAAUUUCAACUUCAAUUCAUCACAUCAUGGGGAUUAUGUAGCCAUUGCAUCUGAGCCUCUAUGCCUUGUGGGUCUAGAUAUCAUGUGCCAUGGAAUUGAGGAAAGGCAGCCUGCUCUUGAGUUUUUAAAGAAUUUUUCUUCGUGCUUCACAAUUUCUGAAUGGACGACUAUAUUAAGGGCUGGUCCCAAUGAUGAGGAUAUUUUGAAUCAAUUUUACAGGCUUUGGUGUUUGAAAGAAGCUUACAUCAAGGCAGUUGGGGUUGGUCUUGGAUAUAAAUUGGAAAGAAUGGAGUUUUAUUACCCUGAAAAUCAGAUAUGGUCUGACCUCGCAUAUCUUAGGAUUGAUGGGAUGGAGCAGAAAGAUUGGCAAUUCUCCCUUCAUCAGUUUGGCAACUGCCAUUGGGUGUGUGUAGCAAGGGGUCCUCCUAACCAGGCAGUGAGUAGUUACGGUAAAACAUUGUGGCAAGUAGAAUUUGACAAUAAGAGCUACAACCAUGGUUUUGAACUUCCAAACAUACCCUUUGCAUUAUAUGAAAUUGAGCAUCUGAUCCCAGAGCAUAAGAAAAAGGAAUACCACCAGAACAUGUUCUAGAUAAUCCUUUUACAUUAAUUUGGUUCAUACUGAUGCAUUUCAAUUCUAUUUCUCUUUCUUGUAUAAUCCGUGUGAAUCGUAACCAUUAAAAUAUGCAGUGGAAACAAAAGACAUUGCAAAUGAGAGAUGACUAAAUCUUUCUUUUGUUAUUUGUCUUGCUACAUAUUGCAUUCAUUUCUGAAUAGGAUGCAACAGGAAUUCAUAUUCUUGUCACAAAAGACAGAAAUCAAGUUACUCAUUUGUUGCUUCUGGAUUCGAUUGUGUGAGCAAAUUUUUAUCAUCGAAUCCAGAAGCAACAAAUGAAUAAUGCAAAGGAUUGUGGAAAUCUCAUAGCUUUAAGAAAUCAAGUUACAAUUCCAAAUGACAUGAAACACACAAUGAACCUCUUAUCUGCUGACUAAAUAAACUGGCCUCAGUUAUUUGAUUGAUAUUCUGGUAGAAGGCUUGGAAAUUGAAUUAUGAGUAUCACAUGACUUCGAAAGACUUA